AUGUCCAUCGAAGAGCAGUUUAACGCCGCCGUUAAGGUGAUUCGCUCGCUUCCCAAAAAUGGUUCCUUUCAGCCUUCCGACGAGCUUAAGCUUACCUUUUACGCGUUCUUCAAGCAAGCCACCGAAGGGCCGAACACGACGAAGAAGCCGCCAUUCUAUGACAUUGUCAACCGGUACAAAUGGGACGCCUGGAAGAAGGUGGGAGAGAUCAGCCGACAGGAGGCGAUGGUCCUCUAUGUCGAGGAGCUGAAAAAAGUCAUUGAGACGCUCUCUAUGAACGCCGAAGUCUCCGACUUUUUGGACAUUUUGGGGCCUUUUUACGAAUUUCUGCCUGAAGAAGUGACCCGCAGCAAAAGCAACAGCAACAGCAGUUCGAGUAUAUCUUCUCCCAGCAAGCGAGCUGACGCCUUUCAAGAGUCGCUGGACGACCAAGUGACGACUUCAAUGCAGGCACAGUUUUGCACCUAUGACAGUGAAGGUGAUGAGUUUGCGGACACUGUUGACUUUACUUCGCCCAAGAGUGACAAAAUACCUGUGAUCCUGCAAAACGGCAGCAUUUCAAAGCAGUUCAGUACGACAGCUAACAACUGUAAAACAAACGAAGUUGCGACGGCGACGGCGACCAACCUCAAUGGACUCAAGUCGGUGGAAAGUAAAGGAGGCAGUGCUUCACGCAAAGUGGCAAAUGGGCCAAGUGUGCAAACAACGCUGGCCUCCAGUCACUCCAAUUGUGCAAUUAGCUAUGGCAACUCUGGCUCUGCCACUGAUCACUCGCUCGGAUUUAACGAACAGCUGACGAUGGCGGUGUUCAAGCUGCAGCACAGUCUGGACCGGGUCGUCAACCGGAUCGAUGCCCUCGAGAGCGUGCUCACGCUGCAGUCGAGCUGUAAGCUCCUUAUCACAGUACCAGAGACUGGAGUCCACGACGACGUGCAAGAGCCGUAG